AUGGCCGUACUCUCUGCCUCUGCUUCCCUCGCGCACUGGCGCUUCGCGGACGCUUCCGCCUCCUGCCUGUGCCAUUUCCUCAUGAACCAUGCCGCCCCGUCCUCGACCUUGUUGUACCACACCUCCGGGUCCUUGGCGCUCUCUCUCCAUUUUCCCCUUUCCUUUUCGCCUCCCAUGUUGAAGGCUACGUGGUCCUCUCCUAGACGAGACACCCAGUCGCUCUCCUGCCCGCCCCGGUAUCCCACGCCCCCCACCAUCGCUCCUAACAGCAUGCGCUUGGGGAGGCGGCUGUCCUCCAUGCGCAUAACAAAGCCCGCGAAACACAGUCUCCGUUUGCGCACGGUGGCCUCGAUGGUUUCCUCGCAGCCUGCCUGGAUGAGGGCCUGGGCAUAGGACAGGGGACGGUCUGAGCGUUUCCGCUUGCUCCAGCCGAUGCACCGUGUAAGGAACUGGCGGUGGAUCCCAUUGAGCUCCGUGUAGUGCUCCGCUGUGAGGCUCUACGAGGCGCACCCAUAUAGGAGAGUCUCCACCACUUCAGCCUGGAGAAGCCGGAUCUUGAGCUGGCGAUCGGCCCGUCGCCUGUCGUACAUCGAAGCACUGUUCCGGCGGUAGCACUUCCACGCUCGGCAGCUGCGGCUCGUGAUCUCCCGGUCGGCCUUCCCGUCCGCGGAGAUGGUACGUCGGAGGUGGCCAGUGGGCACGGUUGUACGGGGGCGUUGUGUAACCUCCGGCCAACCAGGGGUUAUCACAUGAGAUAACGUGGGGGGGUUACAGGCCGAGCGGGCAUAACGUACCGGGUUAUGAAAGCGGUCAUGCGCGGAUUGGUGUGAAUGAAGGAGGAGAAACGAAAAAUAUACUCUGUGUGAGCCUUCCCCUCCCUGCUACAUUGUGCUCCACCCUUGCCUGUAGACUAUUGUAUUCACGCAAUACAUCGGCAGAUAACUCUGCUCACUAUAAGAUGACCGGAGAAGUAGACUAAACAUCAUGCGGAGUGGAUCGAACCAGCAACUUGUGCCUACGAAAUCUGUCGGAUGACCGCUACACUUCCCCUUCUUCCCCUCGCUGCCUCGGGUAGGUUUUGCGUAGGCAUGACCCAUAGCGAGGGGGGGGGUCUUUCUAACGAGCAGGGCUAGACUCACCCUCAAGGGACCGAUACCUUCUUGCUGCGGCGCACCCGCCGCGAGGCGUGCGUUGUGGUUGAGUUGGGUCCGCACUGGUGCGUCAGGCAGCAAUGCCCAUCUCAUAUUUGUGUGCGGAGGCAGACGUCAUCAGAUUGGUGGACGGGCACUAUGUACACGGCCCUAGGUUUGCUAGAGGGAGCUGUACUGUCUCAGUAACCUGGUUUUGCCAUCAAACGAGGAGGGGACAGGUGGUGACGAGCUGAUUGGGCUGGUUGACCCUUCGGCGCGAAAAUUUUCAGACCAACAACCCUACGUGCAACCAUGGAGAAAGCGAGGAACCGACUGGGAAGGACAACAACGAGAGCGUGUACGAAGCGGAGCGGGUCGAGUUUGGUCGUGCUAGGACUGGCCACAGCGGCACCGGAGCAGCGGCACCGGAGCAGCGGCACCGGAGCAACGGAACCGGAGCAUGCGGACGACAUCGAACCGUGGCGCACAAGCAGAAGUCUCUUGUGUUGUCAAUUGUUUCCGAUUUUUUCCUGAAUAUACCUACGGUGUGUUGGGUGUGUGUGAUGACGUCACUGGUUUUGUAGAGAGACGCGGCAGAGAUGGCGCGGAUAACCCGGGUGCCUUGAUUGUCUACCUGCAUCGUGGAAGACCCCCUCAAUGUGGAACGAUUCCUAGUCAGUGUCGAUUUUUACACUGCUGUGCCUUACACAGAUGAUCUGUGGAUAGAUUCGGGUGAUUGUCAAUUAAUUGCAAUGAUGGCUUUGGUUGGGUGUUCUUCUUUGAAUGUGCACGGAGUCAUUCUGACAGCACUUCAGACAGCAGCUGCAUGCCCCGAACUUGUGUACCGUACACCAUGGUGUUAUUAUUGUGCAGACAGCACUUCAGACAGCAGUACGCUGUCUAGUCGACAUUCAUUUUGGUUAAAUGCGGGACAAGGGGGUGAUUGAUGCUGCUGCUGUAGCGAAUUGUAGUGUGUGAGCGUGUAGUUCAGUUGUGAGCACCCAAAUCAAACGUGCUGCAGGGAUUGUAGGUGUACCUCCUCUGGCUUGUGUACCCUUUUCUUGCUAACAGUGUGUGUGUUCCUUAGAUCAUCUGAUGGCUCUAGCACUUUUGUGACCACGGACCGAGUCUUUGCUAGAUUUUGGGAUUAGCAACUGGCACGAACGAGUUUAAUGUGAAGAAAAACAACAACAACAACAACAACAACAACAACAACAACGCUACAUGUUGAAACAUAUCUACUCUACUCGCAAAUUCCAUGAAUGAAUCUAGAUAUAUAUAUAUAUAUAUAUAGUCUAAGCCAGACUGGGACGAGGCGGCGAAGGUGGAGGGGGGGGGUACCGUGGCACGCGGGGGUGCUACAGGGAGCUGAGAGGUUUAUGGCCUCCAGGCACAACGGCGAGGAGAAGGCCAGCCGACAACGAGCCAUCAAACGAGGAGACAGCGGGCCCAAAAAUAGUCUAGAUACGGCACCAAUCAACGGGGCGGGAGGGGGGCGGGAGGAAACGGCGCGGGAAGAAAGCAAGCGAGAAGAGACCGACCGCGUGACGUGACAUGUUGCGGUUGAAUUCAGCGACUAGUUUUUCUGUUGCCCUCUCCCCCGUUUGCUGUCGCGUUCAGACUGUCUCUACGGAUAUCCCUGUUUCUGUGCGAGUUUGUUUAUUAUGUCCUCGUCUGUCUUUGGCUUAUUUCGUUUUUUUUUUUUUUUUUACUGGCACGCACUGCUGACCCUUGGGGUCCUUCCGGAAGGCUACCCCCCAGGCUGGUGGUGCGCACGUUCCAUUAUUUAUUUAUUUUUUGUUUCUGAUUCUUUUGUUUUGUUGUAUUUUAUCGCUCUGCUAACCCUUGGGGUCCAAAUUUUUUUGGGAUACCUUUUCUAGUGUUUUUAUUUUUGCGCGUCUAACGGUAGUCAACUAUAAAAUCGGGCUUACAAAUGCCGGCACUCUUGAAUGAAGCUUUUUUUAAUUGUUGCCGCGAAUGUCUGUUAAAUCGGUGUGUCGUGUACUCUGUGGACACCGGCUGGUACGUAGUUUUCGCGGCAAGGCAUGGACAUUCUCGGGCUUGGACAACCUCGCCUGCAACCAAGCACAGAUACAAAUGACCCUUAACUGGGUUUGGGUCGGCGUUUCCGAACCCUGCCUGACCUUGGAGGUUGGCAAUGGUGCGCCUGACCGGGUUACGCAGGUUGCACAACGCCUAGGGGUUACAGGUCACUUCAACCCCCGCGUAACCGUGCCCACCGGCC